AACCCCUUGGUACGGCGAUCUAUACAGAGGCCACCAUGUCCAUAGCGGAAUUUUAUAAGGAUCAGGAGAUCUUUGUGACCGGCGCCACGGGUUUCGUGGGCAAGGCACUGGUGGAGAAACUCCUACGUUCCUGUCCAAAACUGGGCAGGAUCUAUGUCCUGAUGAGACCCAAGAAGGGCGUCAAUAUCGAGGAUCGUUUGCAACAGCAAUGGGAGACCAAGUUAUAUGAUAGAUUGCGUCAGGAACAGCCCGAUUCCCGAUCCAAACUGGUGGCCAUUGCCGGUGAUGUGGAGCAACUGGGUCUGGGCAUCAGUCCAGAGGAUUUGGAGAGGCUUAAAAAUGUCACAAUAGUAUAUCAUUCGGCGGCUAGUGUCCGUUUUGAUGAUCAUCUGCGGUCCGCCAUCCUAAUGAACACUCGUGGAACCCAUGAACUGGUCAAGUUGGCCCUUGGAUGGCGUAAACUGAAGGCCUUUGUCCAUGUCUCCACCACAUACUCGAAUCCCAGUGUCCUGGAAGUGGAGGAACGUGUCUAUCCACCGAUUGCCGAUUGGAGGACAACCAUAAAACUGGCAGAGACCUACGAUGAGGAGACUUUGGAUAUCUUUAAUCUAAAAUAUGGAAACUUUCAGCCUAAUACAUAUACUUUUACAAAAAGUUUGGCCGAACAGGUGGUUAAUGAAUAUAGAGAUCGAUUACCAGUUUUUAUAUUUAGGCCAUCUAUUGUGGUCUCCACCAUUGAAGAACCUGUUCCCGGCUGGGCUGAUAACUUUAAUGGACCCACUGGCCUAUUGGUGGCCUGUGGAGUGGGAAUCCUACGCUCCCAGAACUGUGACCCCCAUGUCGUGGCCGACUUUGUGCCCGCCGAUAUAGUCACUCGCACCUUGAUCACCUCCGUCUUCAAGUUCAUCAAAGAGUCAGAGGUCAAAAUUAAAGAAAAGACCGAUAAUGACCUCUAUGUGGUGAACUGUGCUACGGCGAAUAUAUCGCCUAUAACGAUGGGAGAGGUGAUCGAAAUCGGAAAGACCUAUAUCCGAGAGAAUCCCUUCGAAAAGACUCUAUGGCUUCCAGGAGGAAGCAUAACCAUGUGUCCUGUUUUGCAUUUUAUAAGAUUUAUAACACAACAUCUUCUAAUGGCAGCCGUGGUGGAUACUCUACUACGUUUAUAUAACGAAAAACCUUUCUUAAUGAAGUUGCAACGUCGCAUUUUUGCUGCCUUUAGUGCCUUGCAAGUUUUUGCAAUGACAGAAUGGCAUUUCAAAAAUGAUAAUUUCAAGGCCCUACACAAAAUAGUGCCCAUGAAUGAAGUACCCACCUUUGGCUUUAUGCAACAUGCUGAUAUUAACUAUGUGGACUUUUUCCAACACGGUAUUCGUGGCGCCAAAGAGUUCCUCUUGAAGGAAAGUCCCGAAAGUAGUAGUGCCGCCCGAUUCCGGAUGAAAAUCUUCUAUGUUCUGGACUAUCUAUUCAGGGCGAUUGCCUAUAGCUUCAUUUUGCGUUUGAUUUACAAAUUUUUAGUUAGCUUAUGGUAAAAUGUACAAUUUUUAAGGUUUUUUUUUUAAAAAAGAACUUGUUUUUUAAAUAUUAAUAUAAAAGGUUAAAGGAA